AUUCGUAAAGUGAUGUUUGCCUUUUACAUCAUCUAUCCCGUUGUGGUCUUUCUCCUUCAAAUAACUGUUUCGUUGUUUGUAGUACUUGAAGUACAUUUGGCGUUGAUAACUUAGAGAAUAUGAUUGCAUGCGUUUCUCACGUCGUUAUAUUGAGUGACCAACUAUUUUCAUAUUGGACUCUGCGGGCCGCUGUUGGUCUUAAAAUCAUACUUGAACCGAUGUGAACACUGCUGUACCCUCCUCAGUACCUCCCAUAUUCCCUCAGUGUCAGAGAGUGAGGGCUCAGCACGAAUGCGCUCUUUUUUCACUAUCCUUUUUUUGUUUACACGAGCUAUUACAUUGAUGGAUUCUAGCUUAGAGUUUCAACAGUGACCAGAUGUGUUUAAUCGAAUUUGAAUAUAGCUUGUGUCGUCUUAUUUGACAUUUUACCAUGUGGAAUUCGAUGCUUUGGUUUGAGUCCACGGGUUCUGCCAGAAAUGGACGCUCGCUUAAACGGCAAGUACAGGCCUUUAUUCUUGUUUUCCUCGCCCAGAUUAUUCACGGGCAGAUUCGUUAUUCUAUCCCAGAGGAGAUGAGAAAGGGCUCGUUUGUUGGAAAUGUUGCGGAGGAUUUAGGAAUGAACGCUAAACGAAUGAAAUCGGGUGGCGCUCGCAUUGUUAGCGGCGAUAGCAGCGAGUAUAUUAGGUUGGAUGUAGACAAAGGGACACUGGUCGUAGGAGAGAGGAUAGACAGGGAGCAGCUAUGCGGACAGACAUCGCCCUGCAGCUUGAGCUUCGAGAUGAUUAUGAUGAAUCCUAUGCAGCUGCUUAGCAUUGUGGUGGAAAUACUAGAUGUUAACGACAACUCGCCCUUCUUUACUGAAAAAGAAAUUCAAAUAGAAAUCUCAGAGUCUACUCUGCCGGGUACGAGGAUAUUACAGGAGAGUGCGACAGACCCAGAUGUCGGUAUCAAUACACUGCAAGGCUACACCUUGCACCCUACUGAUCAUUUCAGCAUUAAAAUCCAGACUGGUCCCGAUGGCAGCAAAUAUGUGGAGAUGUAUCUGUUUGCGCCUUUAGACCGAGAGAAAAGGGAUAAACUGCUUCUCACAUUGAUUGCUGUAGACGGCGGGGACCCGCAGAGAUCUGGAGCACUUCAAAUACACAUAACUGUGCUUGAUGCCAAUGAUAAUGGCCCCAUUUUUAUGCAUUCGAUUUUUAAAGCGUCUGUAACCGAAAAUGCAGCCACAGGCACUGUAGUGACUACUGUAAGUGCCACUGACGCAGAUGAGGGGCCAUACGGUCAUGUCACUUACCAUUUUGCUCGUGUACCUCCCGACGUCGCAGAAUUAUUUUCUUUAGAUGAGAAUACAGGCAAAAUAACAGUAACUGGCCAAAUUGAUUAUGAAAAGAAUAAGCAAUAUGAACUCGGUUUACAGGCUAAAGACCAAGGAGGACAAAUGGACUCCACAAAAGUCAUUAUUGACGUUAUUGAUGUGAAUGACAACGUCCCCUUGAUUACACUAACGUCAUUCUCGAAUCCAAUAUCUGAAGAUUCGAUCAGUGGCACAACCGUGGCUAUAAUAAAUGUCAAAGACAUCGAUUCUGGUAAAAACGGAAAGGUAGAAUGUUCGAUAAAUACCAAGAUCCCGUUUGCCAUCCAGUCGUCUCUAAAGAGCUAUUACACCCUUGUGACAGAUGGUGUUUUGGACAGAGAGCGUAAUGCCGUAUAUAACAUUACAUUCACCGCCGUAGAUGAGGGUAUCCAGCCCCUGUCGGCCAGUAAAACCAUCACACUGAGAAUCUCAGACGUUAAUGACAAUGCGCCCGUUUUUGAGCAGAGUUUAUACUCUGCCACUGUGGUGGAAAACAACGUUCCGGCGGUGUCAGUGUUUUCUGUGAAGGCUCACGACUCAGAUUGGGGUCAGAACGCACGCAUGUCCUACGUGCUCAUAGAUUCUCAAUUUAAUGGGAAUCCGAUAUCGUCCUACAUCUCUGUUAAUGCGGAGACAGGUUCCAUCCAAGCAGUGCGCUCCUUCGAUUAUGAGCAAACUAAAUCAUUUGAGAUUUAUAUUAAAGCUCAAGAUGGAGGCUCCCCGCCUCUCAGCAGCAAUGCCACAGUCAAAAUCAGCAUCCUUGACCAGAACGACAACACGCCUCAGGUUCUGUACCCAGUCCAGACGAGCAGCUCUCUGGUGGCUGAAAUGGUGCCUCGUUCUGCAGAUGUGGGCUAUCUUGUCACUAAAGUGGUGGCUGUUGAUGUCGACUCUGGACAGAAUGCCUGGCUCUCGUAUAAACUGCAGAAAGCGACAGACAGGGCGCUGUUUGAAGUAGGCUUACAGAAUGGAGAAAUAAGAACUAUACGCCAAGUCACUGAUAAAGAUGUUGUGAAACAAAUGCUCACUGUUGUAGUGGAGGACAACGGGCAGCCCUCUCGUUCAGCUACAGUCAAUGUUAACGUAGCGGUGGCGGACAGCUUCCCCGAAGUGCUCUCGGAGUUCACUGACUUUACGCACGACAAGGACUACAAUGACAACCUGACUUUUUACUUAGCCUUGGCUUUGGCUGUUGUCUCAUUUCUGUUCAUCACAUGUUUAGUGGUUAUUAUAUCAGUAAAAAUAUACAGAUGGAGACAGUCUCGCGUCCUCUAUCAUUCCAGUCUCCCGGUUAUUCCGUAUUAUCCACCGCGUUACGCAGACACUUUGGGGACAGGAACUCUACAGCACGUGUACAAUUACGAGGUGUGCAGGACGACUGACUCCAGAAAGAGUGACUGUAAGUUCGUCAGACCCUGUAGUCAGAACGUACUGAUAAUGGACCCCAGUUCUACAGGGACGAUGCAGCGGAUGCAGAGUGAACAGCACAUCCUGGAUGAACCAGACUCUCCACUAGAGGUGAGUUUCUUGGAGUUUAAAUAA